AUGUGGUUCCCGUUCUGGAGAUCCAGAGAUCGAUUCUCUUUGGACGAACUCAGAUAUCUAACCGAUCAGAUAAUGAAGGUUCAAAUAGUUAAUGAUGUUAACAAGGAUUUUGUGAUUGAGGCACUGAGAUCAAUAGCAGAAUUGAUAACAUAUGGUGACCAACAUGAUACAGCCUUUUUCGAGUUUUUUAUGGAGAAACAGGUCAUGGGGGAGUUUGUGCGUAUACUGAAAAUUAGUAGAACUAGUAUUGUUUCACUUCAGUUAUUGCAGACAAUGAGCAUUAUGAUCCAAAACCUAAAAAGUGAACACUCUAUAUAUUACAUGUUCAGUAAUGAACAUAUUAAUUAUUUUAUAACUUAUUCCUUUGACUUCCGCAAUGAAGAGCUAUUGUCUUUCUACAUAUCCUUUUUGAGAGCAAUAAGCGGAAAGCUGAACAAGAAUACGAUUUCUGUGCUCGUUAAAACUCGAAAUGUAAG